UAGUAUCGCCGUCAAUGCAGUUAAUUAUGCCAAAUCUGACCACGCUGUUUUGUGGUGUAGUUUUACGUGUCUGAUAAUUAUACGACAUAUAAAAAACCGCACAUACAACGUUGUGAUAAGUAUAAAAAAACUACAAAUAGAUAUACAUUAAUACGCAGUGAAACUAUUAACACUUUAAUCGUAUGCAUUUAUAAGAGGAUGUACAUUCGUUGAAUACCAAAGAAAUAUAUUUUGUACAUAACCAGAAGUUAUGUAAAUACUUGUAAAACGUCAUUGUAAAUAAGAUAUCGAUAAGCUUAUUAUUUACUAUAAUGGAAGAUACGCGCAAAGACAACAAAGUCUGCAAGCCAAAUCCUUGGCCAUAUCUGAAUAUAGGUUCAUUAGCUGUAUCAUUUUUUACCAAAUUGGCAACCGUCGGCGUUAUUUGGGGAUGCGGAUAUCUACAUUUAAGCGUAGCAUGGUUAAUUGUACCUAUCGCUUUAGCAGUAUGGAAAUCGGAACGUCGAAAAGACAAUGAAUUAAAAGCAAUUACUGCUCAAGCUACCGUAAUGGCUAAAGAAAAAGAAUUAAUUAUAAGCAGAUUAGACGAACUACCUUCUUGGGUUUACUUUCCUGAUUUUGAUAGAGCCGAAUGGUUAAAUAAAGUUUUAUAUAAAGUUUGGCCAAGCAUAAAUCAUUUUGCUCGCGAACUAUGCAAACAGAGUAUAGAACCUGCUAUUGUUGAAAAAUUAGUAGAGUAUAAAAUAAAAGGAUUUCAGUUCGAAAGAUUAGUCUUGGGUCGCAUCCCUUUAAAAAUAUAUGGAAUCAAAGCGUACGAUAAAAAUACUUCCAGAAACGAAGCAAUAGUAGAUGCCGAUGUUAUGUAUGCCGGUGAUUGUGACAUUACUUUUUCUGUUGGCAAUAUAAAAGGAGGCAUUAAGGAUUUUCAGAUUCGCGGAAUGAUGAGGAUCGUCAUGAAACCAUUAUUACCUGUUAUGCCUUUGGUCGGUGGUGUACAAGCGUUUUUCUUAAAUCCUCCGGCUGUCAACUUUAAUUUAAUAGGAGUCGCGGAUGUGCUCGACUUACCUGGAUUUAAUGAAAUUUUAAGAAAAACAAUAGUGGAACAAAUAGCAGCUUUUGUUGUACUACCGAAUAAAAUUGUUAUACCUCUGAGCGAAGCAGUUCCAGUUGAAUCGUUGAAAAUGCCAGAACCUGAAGGAGUUUUAAGAAUUCACGUGGUAGAAGCGAAACAUCUCAUGAAAAAAGAUAUUGGACUGUUGGGUAAAGGCAAGUCUGAUCCAUAUGCUGUUAUAAACGUUGGAGCACAAGAGUUUAGAACAAAAACAAUAGAUAACACUGUAAACCCAAAGUGGGAUUUCUGGUGCGAGUUUAUAGUGGAAAAGAGCUUGGGAGCCUGUUACAACACACUGGUUGUCCAUCUUUUUGAUAAAGACAACGCUGGUCAAGACGAUCCACUUGGCAGGGCUACCAUCGAAGUAAUUCGGGUGAAGAAAAAGGGAAAUAUCGACACGUGGGUUUCGUUGGAGCAAGCAAAACAUGGUAUGGUUCAUCUGCGAUUAGUAUGGUUGCAACUUUCGAAGAAUAUCGCUGACCUGAAAGCCGCGUUAAUUGAAACUCAAGAACUUCGAGUGACGUCGAUGAGUACGGCUCUUCUGAUUCUCUACGUCGAUUCAGCUAAAAAUUUACCAUGCGUACGGGGGAAUAAACAACCCGAUGUGUUUCUGACGGCAAGCGUGGGUGGAGACACAAAACGAACAGGUACUAUAUUACGUUCCUGCGAUCCAGUAUGGGAACAAGGUUUCACCUUUUUAGUCAGCAAUCCAGAGACUGGUGUUUUACAUAUAAAGAUCACGGAUGAAAAAACUACUUUCAUAGUUGGAGAAUUGAGUUAUAAUAUCUCUUUGCUUUUGGGAGAAAAUAAUCUUGAAGUUGCGCAACAGCCCUACGAUCUACAGAAGGCAGAGGCUGACAGUAAAUUGAUAUUGUCUAUGUCGUUGAAUAUUUUGAAAUACGAAGAACCCGAGUGUGUUUCGGAAGAGGAUGACGACGAUCAUGAUAUUAACCAACUGAAUAAAAGAAUCGAACGUCAAGAAUCAAAUAUCAGCAAUACGUUAUCUUCUAGUCUUCCACCCAGUCCAUUGAAAAGGCAACCUUCGAAGGAUUCGAUCAACAGUUUAAUGCAGGCUACCAAAUCAGAUGCAGAAAUGAUAUCCGAAGAACCGGUUACCAUAAACGAAGAAAUAAUCGUCACGAAUACUGCUCCGUCUUCUCAGACCGGAAGCACUCAGUUGAUUCAUAGAAAUCCGAGCGUAAUGUCAUCCGCGGGCGAAUCGAAAUUAGGACGAAUAAUGAUAUCUUUGCGUUACAGUGUACAAAGGCAGAAACUUAUAAUCGUUAUACAUAAAGUAGCUAAUUUACCUUUGCCAGCUAACGAUCCACACAAUAUACCGGAUCCGUACGUAAAGCUCUACCUCCUUCCCGACCGCUACAAGGAAACGAAACGUAAAACGGCAGUGAUGAAGGAUAACUGUAACUCGGUCUUCGACGAGCAGUUUGAGUACGUUGUGUCUCAAGCUGAUUUAAAUUCGCGCACGUUAGAGGUAUCUGUGUGCACCCAAAAGAGCUGGUUGUCUACCGGGAGCAAAGUAAUGGGACAAGUCCAUUUAAAUUUGAGUGAAAUCGACGUUACAAAGCAGUUCACGAGCUGGUACGAUCUGCAACCAGAGACUAAGGAUUAGAAAAUGAGGAGAAGCAAGUGGAGAUUUACCCAGUUGCUUGUGUGUUUUUGAAUCUCUGCGGUAGUGUGAUCUUUCUAAAUAUUAAAUAGCUUGAACAAUGUGAUCGAACUAUACAAAUUUUGCAUAAUGCGUACAAAACAAAGAAAUGUUCAGAUAUCACCCGAUAUAAUAAUCACGAACGUUAUGAAAGUUCUGUGAAAGUGAUAACGAUUACGAUUGUGUAUUUAUACUUGGGCCGUCCACCGUUUGCUUUUAGUUCUAUAGGAAUGUUGCUCGCUGUUUUUUUUUUUUUUAUGUACUUUCUCUAACAGUAAGUGCCAUGAAAAGUUAUCUGUCGUUACUAGAGUAUACACGAUGUGCACAGGAAUAUUUAUUUACAUGCAUAAUUUUUCUACCGUGCACAUAAUAUUACAUUUGCUACUUAUAAAGUACGCGACAUAGCAUUUUACAUAACAAUUUAUUAGUUAUUUUUUUCUUUUUUUCAUUAAUAAAUUAAUGAAUUAAUUUAUUUUUAAUUAUAUAUGCAACUACAAGUACUGGAUACUUGUAUUUUUGCUUUUAUUGUGAUUAACUAUUUCGUUAAC